UGGAGUCACCAAGUUUUCUUAAAGUAUUUAACAAUGUCUGGACGUGGAAAGGGGGGUAAAGUGAAGGGAAAGGCAAAGUCUCGUUCUAACCGAGCUGGACUUCAAUUUCCUGUUGGACGUAUUCAUCGACUUUUGAGGAAGGGAAAUUAUGCCGAGCGCGUUGGAGCUGGAGCGCCUGUCUAUUUGGCUGCAGUGAUGGAAUAUCUGGCUGCAGAAGUUCUAGAAUUGGCUGGCAACGCAGCACGUGAUAAUAAGAAAACACGUAUCAUCCCUCGUCAUCUUCAACUUGCAAUUCGUAAUGACGAAGAGUUGAACAAACUACUGUCUGGUGUUACAAUCGCACAAGGUGGAGUCCUUCCAAAUAUUCAAGCCGUUCUUCUGCCCAAAAAGACCGAAAAGAAAGCGUAAAAGCUUGAACUCAAACAAAUGGCCCUUUUCAGG